ACUCAAAACACUACAAGUUAAAGUAGAUGCUACAACCUGAGCUGAAAUAGGAGCAUGUAGUCUAAAAGUAUUCUCCCGAAAGUGAAUCAAAGUGUAAAGUAAAAAUUACGAGCUGAAGAUUUAUAAAUAAAUAGAAUAUCAUAAUGGAUUUUGAUCGGGUACUGGAGAAAUGUGGGAACUUCGGACGUUUCCAAUUUGUUAUUCUCAUAUUGUACGGCUAUACGAACAUACUCAGUUCGUUGCAUUAUUUCUCGCAAACGCUCAUCACAUUUACUCCAGAGCAUUGGUGCUCUCACAGUGAUCUUAGUGGUCUCAGCGCUGACUCGUUGCGCUCCAUUUAUUCGAACAUUACACAUCCAUCCUGCACGCUGCUCGAAAGUGUUGAUAAUGGCACCGGCAUUGCAGCCGAUGGCGAAACCUGCGAGAAUUGGAUCUUUGAGCGCGAAAGUGGCUACGAAAGCCUGACGACUGAACUGCAAUGGGUUUGCGACAAGUCGCAUCAAGCGGCUGUUGGACAAUCGUUCUUCUUUGUGGGCUCCGUGGUGGGCACAAUUACUUUUGGAUAUCUAGCCGAUCGCAUUGGUCGCUUGCCAUCCAUGCUAAUGGCAGCACUUGCCGGUGCUUCAGGUGACUUUAUGACCUCCUUUAUACACACGCUGCCCUGGUUUGCUUUCUCAAGAUUCGUUUCGGGGGUGUCCACCGAUACCAUGUACUACCUGAUGUACAUUCUGGUUUUCGAGUACCUCAGUCCUAAGCGUCGCACAUUUGGACUCAACAUCAUUCUCGCCGUUUUCUACUGCUUUGGCCUGGUCACUUCGCCUUGGGCUGCCAUCUGGAUUGGCAACUGGCGGCACUAUCUCUGGCUGGCCUCGCUGCCAGCACUUGGAGUACUUGCCUAUCCGAUCUUUAUCUGCGAAAGUGCUCAAUGGCUGCUCACAAAACAGCGAUACGAUCGUGCUGUUCAGUGUCUCAAAUGGGUGGCCAAAUUCAAUGGACGCCAGGUUGAGGACUCUGUCUUCGAUGAGUUCAUCAAGCACUAUCGUGAGAAGGCCAACGAAGAGCAAAAACUAAGAAAGCAUCAGGACACAUUCUUGGGAAUGUUCAGAACACCCAGAUUACGUAGAUUCACACUCACACUGCUAGUAAAAUCCGUCAUCAUAACGCUCUCCUACGAUGUCAUCAAUCGUAAUAUGGAGGGUCUGGGCACCUCUCCCUUUAAGCUGUUCUCUUACACUUCGAUCAACUAUCUGCCAGCGGGUUGCACGAUCCUCUUGCUCCAGAAUAUUAUCGGUCGCAAGGGCAUGGCCUGUGGUGCACUGCUUGUGGGUGGUAUUAUUACCACUGUAACGGGUUUCUUGAUUGCUUUCUUGGAUCCCAAAGAGAAUGCAGUUCUAUUGGCCAUUAUGAUUGGCCUGGGGAGAUACGGCACAACUGUUUCGUACGAUGCUGAGAUUCAAUAUGCCGCAGAAAUAAUACCAACCAGUGUGAGGGGCGCUGCUGUCUCUAAUAUUCAUGUGGUGGGCUUGGCCUCCAGCUCACUGGCCUUCUAUGUGAUCUAUUUGGCCAGGUUCUAUAAGCCUUUGCCAUCGAUUUUCAUCAGUUGCCUAAUGUUCUUUGGUGCUGGCUUAUGCCUAACUUUACCGGAAACUUUACACAAGAAACUGCCUGAAAACUUGGCUGAUGGCGAGCGAUUUGCCAUGAACGAGAGUUCACUGUAUUUCCCAUGUUUUCACAAACGUCGCGAAAGCUUGACCAAUAAUAUUGAAAAUAAGUCUGAUGCCUGAACGGGAAUUUCGAACUGAUGAACCUGACACUGAAAUGAAAACAAAUUAACCUGAUAAUGAGCUUAACGUGAAGUUAGUUCCUGUAACCAAAUGGUCUGAUAGAUAUUACUCAUGUGAAGUAUGCAUAGUAAUAAUGAUGUAGCCGCUAAACAUACAUAUAUAUAUAUAUAUGCAUAUAUACAUAUAUAUUAUUCUACUUAAUCUCCAACGCAUACAUCUCAAUAUAUAUUACUAGGCACCGCUGCAGUGGUGUCGUUCGAGUUUUUUCUUGGAAAAAAUCAUAACUUUUAAACAAAUAAAGAUAACCGAUUAAUUUUAAGUGGCAUAUGAUAAUUGUUCAACCCACAAGAUCAGUGAUUGUCUGAAUUAUCAAAUAUGAAAUUAUGAACAAAUCUAUUUGAUGUCAACUAACAUAAAAUAAACGUUUUAAAACUUUAA